AUGAAUACAUUAAAACAAUAUCAUAAUGAAUCAUCUGAUCAUAAAUGGGAUUCUGAAUCAGAUUUAUUAAAUAUAUCAGAAAUCACUGAGAUUUCUGUUAUAUCUAUGAAUGGUGAAACAUUGAAUAAUAAUAUUGAUAAAAUGGUAGAAUAUAAGAAACAAUCAAAUUUUAUAAAACCAACAACAAUUAACAUAUUAACACCGUCAUUAAUGUCGUCGACAUCGACGUCGACGACAUCAUCAUCAUCACCAGUAAAAAAUAAAUUGAUAAAUAAAGUAAACUUUGAUAUGAAUGGUAAAUUGAGAUCAAUACAAUCGGAACCAUAUCUUCAUCAAAUGAAAGCUGAAAGGAACAAUGGUAACAAUAAGAAUAAUUAUAAUAAUCAUGUAAGCACUUAUUAG